GGUGGUAGGACUGGCUCAUCCCUCAUCCACUCGUUCUUCAAUUGUUUCCACUCCCACUAGGCGGAUGCGGAUAGUCACUUGAAAUAUUGAAAUGAAAUCAAGUAUCCAUCACCACCCACUCAAGUUUGAUUUCCAAGAUUUCUGGCUGUUCUCUCAAUCAAAGUUGGGUUUAAAAUUGCCUACUGCUCUUGGGGGUAUCAUGACGGACAUCACAAGCGAUUGUACUGAAGCGUCUGAGAUCAUCUCAGGUUUUCAUGAAGACUUUGAUGUCGUGUACGACGAUCCACCUGUGGAGUCACAAAGUGAACGUUCAUUCGAUGACCAGGAUGAAGAAAUAAAGUACGAGUCCCUCAGGCAGUCCUAUGGACAUCUGGAAUGGCAUUGCUACGUCUACAGGACUGCAAUUCAAAGGGUGCCAUCCGCAGCAAAAGAAGUUAGGAAAGUCAUGCAAGAGCUUGGAGAACGAAAAGAACCCUUGUGCUCAGGUUGUGAGAAAGAUGACCUUCUCACUGAAAUUGCUGCAUUAAAGAAGAAAGUGCAAGAGUUGGAAGCGGAACUAAAGGUGUCAAUUUCCUCAGAGCAACCAUCAUCCUGUGUUCAAGAAUGAAUAAAACAGCAAGAUUGUGUGUACACUGUAAUAUUUAGUUUAUUUAUUGAGUGUACCAAGCAAGCACUCCUAGUUUUAAAGGAUAAGGACAAUGGUAACUAUCUGUGAAAAACAUUUUAAAACUUAAGCUAUGAUACAAUAAAUAAAUUAUAAAUUUACAGAAGAGCAUAA